AUGGCUCCUCCUUCUCAAGAUUAUCUUCUGGGCCCAUCGGCUCUCUGCUGGCCUAACCCCUUCCCGGACAUCUUCGACCUUACGCUUAAGACAACCUAUGAACCAGGCCCUUCAAUGGGUAGAGGCCAAUCUAGGCAGUCUUCACACCCAACCUCAAACCCGUGCAUUGCAUUUUUCUUCAAAGCCAGCCGAUACACUGCCGAUCACACCCGGAAAAAGACCCCUCCCGAGUACUGGUACUUCGGGGGGAUCCAGCGGGAUCUGAUUUAUUAUGAAGAAGAGGCAUGGAAGUUUGACCCUCUCACCACUUUCAAGCUCAUAUUUGCUCUUCGAAUGGUGGAGAGGCUUGACACAGAUGGGUUCUACAGAGCCUUGUUGUGGGUGCACAAAAACCACCCUUUAACCCUGUCGCUGAAUGUCAUGGCUUUGCGGGGUAAAGUUUGGUUCAAAGAUCUAUUGGGGUUUCUCUAUUUUGUUUUGGAAGACCCGAUAAAGGAAGCAGAAGCAAAAGCAAAAUCAAAGAAGAAUGGAAUAAUCAAUUAUGACUAUGCAUAUUAUGAUUCUGACGAAGAUGACUUUUAUCAGAGUUAUCCGUACAAGGAAGAAACUGGGGUUGAGGAGAAGAACAGGGAAGAGAUAACAGGCACAGAUACUCGCAUUGGCAGGGCUAAAAUGGCGGUCGAGAGGUACCAAAGUGACCCGGAUUAUCAAAACUUGCAUGAUCGAAUCUCGGAGAUGUUUGCACAUUUUUUGACAUCGGAUCUCAGGUUUCUGGAGUCUGGUGAGAUCGAAAAAAUCAGUUUUGCUUACAAAUUUUGUCCUUCAGUUAAUUCUGGUUAUGACAGAGCAACCCUGCUGUGUGAAAACAUAGCAAAGAGAAUUUUCCCACGCCAUGACUAUGAAGAGUACAGUGAGCUUGAAGAAGCUCAUUACGCUUACAGGGAAAUUGCUUAUGAUAUUGGUUUCAUCACAGAUGGCUUUAGAGUGUGA